UUGGCCUCCUGCCGGUCUAAUUUCGUGCCAUUCGAAUUGCUUCUUCCGAAGCUGCGAUGGUCGUUUAACAGGAGUUUGAUUCUUUCAAAGCAGUUUGACAGGAGUUUGAUCUUGCUCAAUUCAAGCUCCUGAUUAUAGCGCGUUUACUCAGAUCACAGCAGAUGUGCCGCCAGUGAAGGUAAGGGGACCGGGGCAUCUGUGUUACUGUGUAUCAGACGAACACGACACGAUCCUUGGUCAGGGAGAAAUCACCAUGCCACCAUGGUGCUAUGGUUAGAGUACACUUCACAGUUACACCGGCCGAGAUGCCGAUCCUCCUCUAGCCUAGCCGCCCGCCCAUGGCGAGGCCGGCGGCGAGGGCGCGGCCGCCGAAGCACCUGGUGGGGCUCGCCGUCGUCGCCGUCCUCGGCCUCGCGCUUGUCGUCGACUUCCUCUGGGCUUCGUCCUCUUCCUCCGCCGCCUGGUCCUCCAGGCUUGCCCUCUCGACCGGCCCCGCCGUGCAGGCGACGCCCGUCGCGAAGGAGAGUAAGAAGGACAAGAAACCUGUAGGUUCGAUGGACAUAAAUGCAACUUUUGCAGACUCGCCAGCUCCAGAAUUAAAAUGGGAGGAGAUGGCUGAAGCACCUGUCGUACGUUUGGAUGGUGCUGCUAUACAGAUUAAGAAUCUCUUAUAUGUCUUUGCUGGAUAUGGCACAAUUAACCAUGUGCAUUCUCAUGUUGAUAUAUACAAUUUCUCAGAUAAUACAUGGGGUGGGAGAUUUGAUAUGCCCAAGGACAUGGCACAUUCACAUCUGGGGAUGGUUACUGAUGGAAGAUUCAUCUAUGUGGUAACUGGACAGUAUGGUCCGCAAUGUAGGGGGCCUACAGCUCGAAAUUUUGUAUUGGACACAGAAACAAAAGAAUGGCAUGAUUUGCCUCCAUUGCCAGUUCCUAGAUAUGCUCCAGCAACUCAACUAUGGAGAGGCAGACUUCAUGUAAUGGGUGGCAGCAAGGAGGAUAGGCAUGAACCUGGGCUUGAACAUUGGAGCCUCGCAGUAAAGGAUGGGAUAGCAUUGGAGAAAGAGUGGAGGAGUGAGAUACCAAUACCAUGUGGUGGUCCUCAUAGGUAUAUAACUUCCCUUAUUAUGUUGCCCUAAAAAACAACCUUCCCUUCCUAUGUUAUCAUCAGUUGUUAUUUUCAUUGGAAAGCAAUGUUACUAGAUGCCUAUAUGCCCUAGUGAAAGCAGGAAUUGGCUUA